AACAAACUCGUUUUUCACCUCUCUUCUUCUUCUUCUUCUUCUUCCUCCUCUCUCAAGAACCACCCAAAUCUCUCUCUCUCGCUUCUUCUGCUUCCUUUCGUGAAUGGUGGAACCUAAUCCGACCGGUGAUAACAACCUUAUGCUCAUCCCUUCAUCUUCAGACUCUGUUUUCUGUUUCGGAUCUUGCAAGGAAGGUUGGUACUACCGUUGCCUCGGCCUCGACCCGUGAAAAAUGAUGUACAACAACAACAAGCAGAAGAAGAAGAAGAGAGAGAUGAUGGUUAAGGGAAACCGGAUCUUGAUCAGCGUCACGUUUCUCGGUAGCGCCGGUCCGAUCCGGUUCGUUGCGAAUGAAGGAGAUCUCGUUGCUAAUGUGAUUGAUACUGCUCUUAAAUGUUAUGCUCGUGAAGGUCGCCUUCCGGUUCUUGGAUCUGACUUUAAUGAGUUCCUUUUUUAUUGUCCCAUGGUUGGACCUGAAGCUUUGAGUCCAUGGGAAGCAAUUGGGUCGUUGGGAGCGAGGAACUUUAUGUUAUGUGAGAAACCAGAGGUGGAGAAGAAGAAGAAAGUUGAGGAAGAAGACAAUGGAAGAUCGAGUUUCUUCAUUAAUGGAGCUAGUAAAGGAAGCUUUAGGGCUUGGAUUCACAAAUCUUUCAGUCUUAAAGUCACUACUCAUUAGACUUUUAUGUUGUCUUAAUAUGUAAACCUUGAAGGGUCGAGAUUAUUGGUUUUUUGUGUCUUUUUGUUCUAUGUUUUUUCUUGUUUUGUAAUAAUGAUUUGUUUCUUAUGUUCAAACUUAAACAUGCGUCUUUCUUAUAAAUUUACAAGUUCUUCUUUUGGC